AUGUGGAGACAAGAUCGAGUGUGCGACGUGCUAAAAGUGAUCAGCAGGAAGGACAUCAUCGACGCGUUUCAGAACCUCAAAUACGAAGAUGACGUCCUCAUGGGCAUUUUUGGUAUCAUCUCGCUGGGCAUCUGGUUUACGAUGAGCCCAUUUAUCCUCGCCAUCAUCCACCUCGGUAUCCUCGAAUAUGAGAUCGAGAGGUGGUGCACAAACUGCAAGAGAAAGCGCGAGAGGAUCCGUCGCGACCGUACCUUGGAAUUGAUGUGCAUUGAUCCAGAGAGCCGGAAGAAGAAAGAGAAACAGCAGAGUCGCAAUCGGUUGCUGAGACGGUGGUUUGGAAUCCAUCCCCAGCCCGACCGAGCGAUCCGGAGCCCCAGUCGUGGCCCCUGUCUUUUCUUUACGAGGCUGCCACCGGAGAUCAGACGCCAGAUCUUGGUUCAUGCAUUUGGCUCGCGCACUGUGCAUCUGGAUCUCAGCUUCAGACACCCGUUUCGUGUCAUUAGCCAUGACAAGUGCCGUUUACUGGGCCAGAGCCCCGAAGCCCACCUCCAUGCUGGGAUCCACAGCCGCUUUGGUUUAUUCACCCCCAACAUUGUGCUUUAUGAUGAAUCAGAGAAGAAGAAAUGGCGGUGGUUCAGCUGCGUUUGCCAUCGAGCGCGGCCUGACGACCCAAUGCUGAGCUAUGGAAGGCGAGGCUAUGUGAACCGGGGAGACUCAAAAGACGUCCACGAAGAUAAAUGUCUUUCUGCGGAGGGAAGCUGCACUUAUUGGCCUGGCGAGAUUCCUGAAAAGUGUUUCGUUGGCGCGACAGGCUGGCUGUUGGCUUGCAAACAAGCUUAUGAUGAGGGCAUUGGGGUUCUCUACCAAACCAACACCAUCCAGAUCUCCUCUCCGGUACUUCUACAAGGAGCCCACGAUAUCCUCUCACCCUUCAAGUUGUCUAUGAUUAGGUCCCUCGAACUCUCGUUGGACGGGUACAACGUGCGCCUAGCUCAGGUACUCAUGGGCGUGUCACCGAAUCGCCCGACCAGCUCGUCGGGUGCAUCUGCCUCUCGUGAGGCAUCCAACCCGUUAUUUCCAUCGCUAGCAUUUCUUCGACUGUUCCUGAAGAGCGACCAAAGAUUUUUGGAUGAUGACUUAAACAAUAGCCUAAAGCAGCUUGGAUACGGCCGCAAGAAUACUGAGGAACGCCUUCUCACGUUUACCCUGCCAAGCAUUGACGACCUUGUGAAUAGGAUUGUUUCGCCCAAGACUGAUGUUACGAUUACCUUUCGAGACUGGAUAUUUUACUCUUUAAUGGAUCUGAAAUCAGUAGAGAUGCAGGGCUUGGACGUGACUAGAUUACAACGAGCGGACAUUGGAGGCCUGAAGUUUUGGAGAAAGAUCCCAUAUUCUGGCCUCGAACAACAGACGAGUGAUGUUAAUGUAUUAUCAAAAAAUAAACCGAGAGAAGGCUAUUGGGUUCACAUAUCCCAAAUGCCUAAGACACACGGCGGCAUAGAUGAACAUGACGAGGAGCGCCGCAAACUUUAUGGUCUUGAUUGA